CACCCACAAAUCUCACUCUCUCUCUCUCUCACACAUACACACACACACACUUCCUGACCCAAAAAAAAAACUCUCUCUCUCUCUCUAAAAGCUUAUAAUUAAAACCAGAUCAGCCCUAUCCUACUCUACUCUCUCUUUUUGCUGUGUGUGUGUGUUAGGGAUAGAUAGAAACUUUCACUUUUAUUUUUUUAGUGAUCUCUUUGGUUGAUGAAAGAUUUGCAAAUUUGAGAGAGUUAUGGAGAGGAAGGAGAUGAUAAAGAUGGAGGAGCUUGUUGGAUCUUCUUCGUUUACUGAUCAUAUAUCAGAUAGCUAUCCAUUUUCUGGGAUAUUCGACUUCUCUGAAGGAGAAAAGAGCUCUUUAGGGUUUAUGGAGUUACUGGGUACCGGUGUUCAGGAUUAUACAAGUCCUCUUUUUGAUUUGCCACCAAUAUCUAUGGCUCCCUCAGCUCCACUUCCAGCUGUAAAAGAGUGCUCUGAGGUGUUGAAUCAGCCUGCCACGCCUAACUCUUCCUCGAUCUCAUCUGCAUCCAGUGAGGCAGUGAAUGAUACUGAGCAGACUAAUAAUAAAGCUGUAGACCAGGAAGAAGAGCAACCAGAUAAGACUAAGAAACAGUUGAAACCCAAGAAGACAAACCAGAAGAGACAGAGAGAGCCGAGAUUCGCGUUUAUGACAAAGAGCGAGGUUGAUCAUCUGGAAGAUGGGUACAGAUGGAGAAAGUACGGUCAAAAAGCUGUGAAGAACAGCCCCUUUCCCAGGAGUUACUAUCGUUGCACUACAGCCUCAUGUAAUGUAAAGAAACGUGUGGAACGCUCUUUCACAGAUCCAACCAUAGUUGUGACUACCUAUGAAGGGCAACACACUCAUCCAAGCCCAGUCAUGCCUCGCCAAAACUUUGCUGGAGCUCCACCAGGUUCAGGAGGUGUCUCUGCCACCAGCUUUACUAUGCCAAUGCCAAGAACCCUAUCUCAUUAUCAACAACAGCACCAACAAUCUCUUGUCAAUCCCUUGACACAUUCCAAUUUUGCUUUUAAUGGCUUAUUUGCAAAUAAUCCUGGUUUACUUCGUGACACUCGGUUUUGCACCCAAGGAGCUGCUUUGCUUAAAGACCAUGGACUUCUUCAAGACAUUGUUCCAUCGUAUAUGCUUAAGGAAGAGUAGAGAAGAGGGACCAGUUAAUUAAUUACUACUACUUAUGUAAUUUUUGUUUACUAACUUAGUAGGAGAGGAGAUGGAUAUGUAGAUGUUUUGGGAUGUAAUCUUCUUGCUGACAGUGACAGGUGGUGAUCUUUCUUGUAGAACCCAUUCCCGUUUAUACAAACCCGAUGAUAUUAUCACUGUAAACAAGGGUUUUUGAUCCAAUGCAGGGACUAGUUUCUCAA